GAUAGUAGCUCCCCGGAUAUAUGCAUAACUAGUUCCACUUGCCGAGCUGCGGGAGUCCUAUAUAAACACCCCGUUCCAAGAAAGCUUCAGUUCAGUACCACUACCGGCCAGUGCUCGCUGCGCAUAAUAUAGUCUGACGUGUUGCCGCUGCGAGAGAAGAUAAGAUCGAGCGCGCGCUUGCAAGAGAAAUCAGAAGCUAACAUACCAUGGCAACAACCUUGUGGAGGAAGCCAAGUCUGGAGUUCGAUGUCAAGGUCGUGAGGGUGUCCGGCGUCGAGGCGCGGCUCGAGGGCAGCCUCUUCGUGAGGUACUACGUCCCGGCGGGCGACGGGAGGCGGCGGAUUCGCGUGGACACGCGUGAGGUCCCGUGCGGAGACGACAUCGAUGUGUUCUGGGGCGAGCUCGUGCGCUUCGAGCUGCUGGCGGGCGGCGAUGGCGCGGCACCGGGCAAGGUCGCGUUCGAGCUCCGGUGGAGGCCGCGGGCGCCGUCGUCCGGGCUGGCGGCGUUCCUGGGGACCGGCGGGAGGCCGUCGUCGCGGGUGCUGGCGCGGGCUGAGCUCGCCGUGGCGUCCGGCGCAGCAAAGUCGACGGAGAGCUGGCUGAGGCUCUCCCCGGCUAGCCGAGAGCUACGCGGCGGGGGCAAGGCGCCCAAGCUGCUUGUCGAGGUCAAGGUCGCCCACGCCGUCGCGGCCGCUGCCGACCGCGUAGCCAAUAUGAAGGCGAGGAGCCUCGGCUGCGUGAGCGAGUGCUGCAGUGGCGGUGAGCGCUGCGGUAGCUGUGGGUGGGUCGGCACCGAGGAAGACAUGUUCCUUGCAGCGACGUUUACUCAAUAGCAACAGUGGCAUCAAGAUUGUAACGGAGACUGGAGAACCUGCGUAAGAUGUGUAGAUCGGUAUAAGAGGGAGGUAGAUAGUGCAUAUAACUGUUUUGCUCUUUUCAUGGAUUUCAGGCAAGUCAGGCAUGAAAUUUUGAACAAGAAAUUGCGGCUCUGUUUCAUUUUUUCUUUCUGCAUCCUCGUUGCGAUUGUGUGCCAUUGCUAACGGUGUGGCCAUAGGUAUCUACUCCCUCCCUCCGAUUCUAAA